AUGAAUGGAAUUAACGAGUGCAUUGGAAGGAUGCAGAUCGGUGGCAAUGCAAGGUCAAAGCAAAUGCAUAUUGAUGAAGCAUUGAAAAUUGUGCAAAGAAACAGAAAGUAUAAGAACGAUCCGUUGUAUGGGGCAUUCCUCAAGACGGUAGUUACUGGCCUGUGCGAAGGAAUAAGCAAUUCUGAGAUUCUCGAGGUGAUUAGAGCAAUGCAGAAGACAAUCAAGCCUAGGCCCAGAAUUACUGGAGAGUAUUCUUGCAUUGAGGAGCUAGAUUGCUCUUAA